AUGGCCCCGCCGCCAGAAUCUCCUUCAGCGCUGCUCUCGGCCAUUCUCAAGCUCAUCCAAGGCACCAUCGUGCCCCUUACACGCGAGGGUGUCGCCUCCGGGUCCAAGGUCUUCGGCGCCGCCGUCCUCGCCCGCUCCGACCUGCGGCCCCUCAGCGUGGCCACCAAUAACGAGCGCCUCUCGCCCCUGCUGCACGGCGAAGUCAACUGCAUCCAGCGCUUCUUCACCGUCGACUUUCCCGACCCGGCCGCUCGCCCGGACCCGCGCCGCGACUGCCUCUUCUUCGCCACCCACGAGCCCUGUAGCCUAUGCCUCAGCGCCAUCGCCUGGGCCGGCUUCGGCGAAUUUUACUACCUCUUCACCCACGACGAUAGCCGCAGUCUCUUCUCCAUCCCCCACGACAUUGAUAUCCUGCACGAGGUGUUUUGCGUCCGCGCCGGCGAGACGGACGGGCGGCUAGAGGGGCGCCCACUCUAUAAUCGCUCUAACAAGUUCUUCGAGGGCCACUCGCUCGCCGACAUCGUUGUCGGCAUCGACGACCAGGCAGAGCGGCAGGGGUGGUUAAACGAGAUCCAGCACGUCAAGAACAUGUACAGUUCCCUGAAUCAGACGUACCAGGAAGUCAAGAGCGCGGGCAUGGAAACCUCGAGCGUGUGGAAAUGA